CUUAGAGGGCAGAGCCUAGUCAGCAGGUCUCACACAAGCUUGCAUGUGUGCGUAUAUGGAGCUGAAACUUUCCUAGAGACACACUGACACUUUCUCUUCCCUCCUUCUUUCCUCUGUCCUGCUCUCCUCUUUCUCCUCUCCCCUCCUCCAGCACACCUUUGCGUUGUUUUCCUUGCCCCUCUUCCUCUCUCCUCCCUCUUCAGCCUCACUCGUUUUCCCUCUGCUCAGUCCUGUGUGCUCAGAGUGUGGUUAGUGUGCGAACUGAAGGCGUACAGGGCAAGAUGCUGCUGAUGCUACAGCUGUUUGGGCUCCAUGUCACCUUCAGGGCCCAGUGAAGAAGACAAGACUGCACGUGUGCCGGAGAGCUUCAACACAACACACUGAGGAUCCUACAACUAUCACUUUUUUAACCCUGUUCUCCUUGUCAGCCAGCUGCCUUUUUAAGAAAAAAAAAACAAAGCAAAAAAAAAAAAAAACAAACAAUGAGGACCAAGUCGUGUCAACUGGCUGCACAGUUCUUUCUCUUAGGAGUGUUGUUAUCUGUCGUGGACAGUAAAGGAACUUUCUAUGGAGGCCAUGUCAACCCUUUCUAUGGAAAUAGAUACAACCUGUUCAAGGCUGGACUCAACCCUCACCAUUUACCAAACAAGCCCAUGACCCGUCACAAAAACCACUGUGCCUACGUGGUCCAGAAGAACAUCACAUGCACCAUGCAGGAUGGAGUGGCAACCUAUGUGAAAGCUGAGUACACCACCAAGUGCAUCUGGGGUCAGAAGUGUCCUGUUGUCAUGUACAGAACAUUUUACAAGCCAAAGUACAAGGUGGGUUUUAAGACAGUGACUGAGCUGGAGUGGAGAUGUUGUCCUGGAUAUUCUGGGGAAAACUGCUACGAUGGACCCACAUCAUUGCCUGAUGUCAUGAUGCCACCUUUUAAGGGUGCUGGUGUGCCCCAUCGCCCGGGGAUGAAGGGCUUCCCCCAUGGCCCUAGACCGCCUGUGGACCAGAAUCCUGGAGGAGGCCAGCUGGAGCCAGGCAAACCUUUCCCUAGUGUGCCUGACCACAGACCAAUACCCACAGGACAACUGCCUGCUGGGAGCGGAAAACCAAACUAUGGAAACAAAUUUGGGAUUUCUGGAGUGACUGGUGAACGUUUGGACCGCAUGGAGGAGGAUCUGCGUCGCCUCACCCAGGGCCUAGACACUCUCAAUGGGGUGGUGGCUGGCCUGGAGGAGCGACUGCGUACAUCUCUCCGAGAAGAUACAAACAAAAUCCUGGUGUCUCUGUUGCCCAGUGGUCCCCGUGUGCCUGACUCUUCUGUGGGAUUUGGGGUGAUCCCAGAUGGGGCUCCUGAUGGACUGGAAGGAGGAGAAAGUUUCACUGGUUUUGGAGACUUAGCAGGGAGAGUAACAGAAGUGAGGGAUGAGCUGCGAGCCAAGACUCACAUCUUAGAGGAGAUUCAGGGAAUGGUCCUGGGUCAUGAUGGUCAGCUGAAGAGGCUGCUGGAGGGACCUAGUGGCAGGCCCAUCCCUGGUCCCAGCUCUACUGCUCAUAUUGACGAGAUCGUGGACACAAAGUUGGCUGGCAUACGGGCUGAGAUCCUGGAUGGCUUUGAACGUCGUCUUACAGGUCUGGAGGACCAAUGUGACAAGAAGAUUGGGGAGGUGCAGAGACAGUGCCACAGGGAACACAUGGAUGGCCAGGAGCAGAUGCAGCAGUCUCUAGAUGGAAGAGAGACCGGGCUCAGGGAGGAGCUUGGCUCCUUGCAGGCUCAAAUCCAGGGCCUAACUCUGACUGAGAGCUGCUGUGGACAGGUAAACAGCCUUUCCCAGCGUGUGCUGCUGCUGGAGGAAUCAGUGAAAGGUUUGACAGAAUCUCAGAGACAGCUUCAGACUGCCCUCACUGACCAGAGCAUCCAUGUGGAGACCCUGAUUGAGACCCGACUGGUGGACAUAGAGGGCCGCCUCAAUGCCACAGAGGGUGCACCUGAUGGAGUAGGAGGGCUUGCUGGUAGUCUGGAUGGCUUCAAGACCAUGCUGGAGGACAAGUUGAAGACCCUGGAGGAGAGAGUGUUUGUGGCUGUGGAGGAGCUGAGUAAUGCCACGGCCCCUGCACUCCUGGAGGGCCAGGUGGUCCCAGCACUGGAGACGGAGAUUGAGUCUGUUAGGAGGAGAGUGGAGGGAGACCUGGACGGCAUUCAGAAACAGUUGAUAGACCUGGAGCUCCUCUGCACCUCCUCCUGCUCACCCUCCACCCCACCAGCAGGGGGUGUCAGAGUCACUGAAGUGGAGGAGGAAUGUGAAGGGAUGGAGAAGAAGAUGACAGACCGCCUGGACACCCAUACUAACCAGUUGGAUCGCCUGAACAACACCUUGCAGAACCUACUCUUCAGGAUUGCCCAAGAGGACUCAGAGGGCUCCAUCCAGGGAGAGAUCACCCUGCUGAAGGUCAACAUCAACUCUGUGAACCGCACUCUGAAGGGCCUGAAGGACUCUAUUAGCUUCAUUGCAAGUGAAGUGGGCCAGGCUAAUUCCACCUGGGAGCAGAGAGAGCACCAGCUAGUCAACCAGGUGCAAGGAAUCACAAAACUUGUGGGCCACCAAGCCUCCCUUCUAGGGGCCGGAGAGAGGCGACUGGCCCAACUAAAGGGAGAACUAGUUGCUUUGAAGAGACGGCUGGCCGGGGAGCUGCAGGGCUGCAGGAGCACAGCGAUUGAAGUACAGAAAGAGGUGAAGGGCUUUGAUAGCAGGGUGAGCCAGGUAGAAGGCCAGUGCAGCAGCCUGGGAGAGCUGGCAGAACACCUGGAAAGGAUCAGGGCAGAGCUUGAGAGACACUCAGACUCGUACCUGGCCCAGGUGAAUGGCACCCUGGCCAUCCAUUCAGAACAGCUAGCUGAGCUGAAAGGAGAGGUCAAAGACUGUGCGGCCAAGGAAGCAGCCAACCAAAAAGGAGACCAGUAGCAUCUGAGCUACAGAUUUAUUUUUUUUUUAAGAGACUUUAUGUGUGCUUCUCAUUAGGCUCAAGUGACUUCCUCUGCUUCUCUCCUCUCUUUUUCAAAUCCCAUCUGCACAGAUGCAAAUUAACUGAACCGGUGAAAGUCAUUUCCCAUAAGCUUCCCAGCCCAGUGCCUCCAGAUGUCCUGGGUAUUUAGUUUAGUGAAGUGAGGAGAAGCAGACUCAGAAUACAAAGACACACCUAUGGUUGUAUAGCUGGGCAAUAUUUUCCCCUGAGUUUUUAUUCUAUAGGGCAUUUGUUUGUUUGUUUUUUUGUUCCCUGAUCAUGAUUGUUCUGUUUUCAUAUUUUACCUUUUUUAACUUAUAUGAAGUGACUGCAUUGUUAUAAUGUUAAACUGUUUGUAUUAGAGAAAUAGUAAUAAAACAAAAUGAAUGAUAUGGGACUAAUACGCUGCUACGGGUUUCUACUGACCAGCACAUUCAACAUCCUCAGUGUGGACACUUGUCUGGUCUUUUAAAAGAAUACUGUAUGUCAACUUGGUGCUAUUUACAUUUUUUUUAAACUCCUGUUUUACACAUUUAGAAAUGGUCUAAGUAUUUCUGCUUUGGCAGUUUUGUUUGUUUCCUGCCGCAUUGCUCCAAGUUGCAGAGAAGUUCCAUAAUUCACCAUUGGGGGACAGUGACAACACAUUACAUGGCAUGGU